CCAUCAGCUGCUCCAGACAAUGCAUGAACGUAAAUUUCAGCAUCCAGGCGCUUAUGAUUUUUAAAGAGGGAUUAAAAAAAAAUAAAUACAUGUAAGUAAUUCAUGCAUUUACGUUGAAACGAAAAACACCCUUACGGUGACAAAAUAUUGCAUUUGUACUUCGUCACUUCCCACUACUACCAAGUUCAAUGGCCCGGAUGUGUAUUUGCGCUUGGAAAACGGACGUGAGAUCACAGCAUAAGAAAUUCAUGAUGCUCAUCAAUGAUCCACUCCAAUCACAGAGGUCUGCCUGGGAGGAGGAGGAUGGUAAGGAGAGGGGUGGGUGCACCUGCUGUCCCGCGCCUCGCUGCAGCGAGAGUCGGAUCACCACACAGCGCGGAGCGGGAACACCUGGCUUGCACGCCGCACGCUUACCAGGGCGGGGGUCCACCAAAGAACGUCAUACCCGGCAACGAUGUCCCGUCUGGGUGGCGGCGGACGCGCCGGCAGCUUUUUCUCGGCGUGCCUCCUCUCCGUGUGUCAAGCCCUGCGGAGCUGCGGGGAGGUCCAGUGCGCCGACGGCCAACAGUGCUGCCCGCCCAUCGUCGCCGGGAACGGGAGUAGCAGCGGCGACGGAGGUGGUGGUGGAGGAGGAGGAGGAGGAGGAGGGAUGGGAGGGGGCUCAACUGUUCGGUGCUGUAAGCUUCCGAUCCACAUCUUCUUCGACAACGUGGGCUGGUUCACGCGGAAGUUGUCGGGCAUCCUCAUCCUGUUGCUGCUCUUCGCCAUGGGCUACUUCAUCCAGAGGAUAGUGUGCCCGAGACCGCGCCGCCACCCGCACCAGGACCGCGGGGAGGAGCCCUCGCUCUUCCACGGCCCGGCGUCCGCCUCCCAGGACUCCCUGCUGGAUCGCUACCCCGACUGCAACCCGGUGGACUUCGCCUCGCCCAACCUGCCAGCUUACGACGAGGUCAAGUAUUUGCCCACGUACGAGGAGAGCAUGCAGGAGAUGCACCGGGACCGCUCCGACGACAACUUGCUGGCCGAAAACGAGACGAGCGGUCCGGGCAGAGGCAGGGCGGUGGGGCCGGGGGCUGGAGAGCACAGAAUGGAUGUUCUGGAGGGGUCGGAAGGGCAGCAGCCCGGCCCAAGGACAUCUCGGAACUCUGUCUGAUGGAAACAACGUGCAUUAAGACAAUAUCCUCUUUAAGAGUUUUAGUUGACUUUUACUCUCAAGUGCAAUUUUAACAUCGACUGUUGACAAUAAAAGAGAGUCUACAAUCGCCUUUUGAUUGCAAAUGAGCGUCUGGGAUGAUUUUUUUUUUUUAAUGGUGCUCUUCGUUUUGAAGACAGCUAGUUGAAAUCAUAUUAAGUUGUACGGUACUAAGGCAUGUCAAUUGUGGGUGCUUACCGCUACA